GUGCAUCUAUGAAGGGUGCACUUCAAGGUUACAUACCUAUAUACCAACUUGAUGUACAUUAUUUCACUUUCACUUUCGCAUUCUCAUUCCUAUUCUACCACAACCAACUUACAUACCAUUACCGUCUGACUCAAUUCCUAAUUUUAGAGUGCAUAUUUGAAGGGCGGUUCGUCCAUAACUGCAUAUUCGACCAAAGUCGAAUAAGUCAAGUGUGAAAAUGGCGACCCCCAAGUUCCAAGAUCUUGCCCUGCAGUAUGUCCUCGCAGAUGAAAGUGACCAAGCGCAGGCUAUAGCAGAAAAGGCGGCUGCAGCUAUCGAAGAGGCUACCAACAGUCGAGUAACUGUCGGCCAGUGGGUCGCAUCUAUAAACCAAUGGAUUCAACCAUCUGACGAUGAGAACCUCAUUUCGCGUGCCAAGGCAUUGGAUUUCCUAGCAAGCACCCUCGUCGUACUCAACCAGAGGAACGUCUCACUGAAAAAUGACCAAGUGAAGCUCUUGGUCACUUUCUUCGGUUCACUCUUCUCGAGCGAUCACCGCGCCGGUGUCGCAGCCUCUACUAAAGCUUUGAGGCAGUUGGUUGGCAUGAAGUCAUUCCAGCCUACCUUGGGAGAUGAUAUAAUCGCAAAUGUCUGCAAGCUCGGCGACGACUUCAAACUACAGACCCCAGCAACCCGCCUUGAGCUGUACGAGUUAUUCCUUGGCCUCAUCCUGGAUCCUGCUGUGGUCAAAGAUCUUGAAAAUCGCCAUGGGGAUACCUGCGCAUUCAUGACCAAUUUCCUAGAUUUAUGCAGGAACGAGCGAGAUCCUCAAAAUUUGUUGAAGUGGUUUACGGCCUUGAAGACAUUUCUACAAAAUUUCUCACCCUCCGAAAAUGUCACAUUAGACAUCUUCAAGGCCUUCUCGGCUUAUUUCCCUAUCUCCCUGCGAGCCUCGGCUUCCCCAUCAGGCAUCACAGCUGAUGAUCUGAAGGGCGCUGUGCGUUCCUGUUUCGCUGCCCACUAUCGGCUUGCCAGUCAUGCAAUCCCAUAUCUCAUCAACAAGCUUGAUCAGGGCGAUGCUGUUACGGUCGCCGUCAAGGUCGAUAUCUUACAGACACUUAAUGCAUGCCUGGUACAAUAUGAACAUCCUCAGCAAAGUGUUGUUCCAUAUGUUGAUCAAAUAUGGAGCUCACUCAAGUAUGAGGUCCGAAAUGGUGAAAUCUCCGACAUUAUCAAGGCAACCCUUAAAGUCAUAGCAUCUCUAACAGCGCGACUUGAAGUGAACGAACUACGUUCUUUCAUAGCUAACGCAUGGAGGGACCUAUUUGAAGACAUAUCUAGUCCAACAUAUACAGCUCAGGCCGGCCGAUUGUUAGUUGCCAUGGCCGGAGCUAGUAUUCAGUCUUUUGCGUCUAUCACUUCGCAAGCUGUACCUCAUAUUCAAACUACUCUCAAGCAUGCCCAGUCCGCAUCCCACAAGCAAGACCUUGUGGCCUUAUUGAACUCCAUUCUCGCUAUACGAUCGCACCUAGCCAGCACUUUAAAGGGUGAUGAAAUUAUCGAUAAUAGUUCGAGUUUACUAAGGGACGAGCUCUUUGGCGAUACUCUAUUCUAUGAGGUCUAUGCUCCUCUGUGGGAAGAGAAUUCGGGCGACCAGGUGACAACAGAACAAGCUGGCGUACUCAAGAAAGUCAUGGAAGGACUUGCAACUCUCGUGGGCCAACAGUCUAGUGGCACAGGUCCUCACCAAUUAUGUUCAGCUUCGACUUGUGAGCAGAUAUUUGGCUGGCUAGCAGGCCCAGCUGUCAUCCAUCCCUUAGAAGGGAGGCAAGUGAAUUCAGCAAACUCCGACAGUGAUGCGGACAUGGGUAUCCGUGAUGCUGCAGUUGCAGCAUUGAAAGAAGCAGUGCCCUUAUACCCCACUGCAUUUCAGUUCUUACUUCAACAGUUCCUUUCAUCCCUCCAGGUAACCUACCAGCGUCAGCUUAUUCUACAUGACUUCCCUUCAGAAAUUCAACUUGUUGCAAGCACUCUGAGUGAAAUCAGUUGCUCAAAUAAGGCCGGCACAUCGCCAGCACUGUUGAAUCACAUCACUCUGAUUAACACUUUGCUCCAAGGGUUAUUGCGGAUGAUAUGGGGACAAGCAUCACCAGAAAUUUGGACGGCAUUGGUAUGUUCCAUCCACCUUGUCGUUGUAGAAUCGAUGAAAUCUCUAUCGACGCAGGAAUUCAAGUCACCGGGCAUUACCAAGGUAUGGUACAUGCAAUUCAGUCAUGCUAUUGAGAAUGCCGGUGCUCCUCGGCUUGAUCUGAAUGAGCCGGGAAACAUUGAUGGGAUAAUCAAGGCGUUGCAGGUGCGGGAAACUGAAGAAGGCAGCAGUCGCAGACAAUUGCUGGCAUACUCCUUUUCCGUAGUGAAACAGCUAUAUCGUCGUUUCACUGUAGUCAAUUCGCAGACUGCCAAUGAUGAGAACAGAUUUCAAUCUCGUACAGAACUCGGCAAGGAUUUCGGCAGAGGAAAAAAUACCGUUCCAAAUGAGGACUAUUUUCUCCAUCAACUUGCCUCAUUUGCUACAUCAGUAGUUCGAGAAUUAAGCGUGGACGAACAGAAGGCUUUGGAACUGGGAAAACACGCGUUUUCUCUAUUCCAUGAUAGUGAUGCUGCACGCACAGAUCAUGAAAACGAAUCCCCCGUUGAAUUAUCUGGAGUGAGCCGAAUGGACGACUUCCGAACAGCACCAUUAACGAUGGGCAUUCUACAGGGUCUUUAUCCCGGCUUGAUGAGUACACAGCAACAUAUGAACGCACUGAGGGAUUUGUGCAAUAUCCUAACUUCCACCACGGCUACACGUACAUCUCCACUCAUACCUACAAAUAUGACCAGAGCCGCGUUAGACAACAUGUUAGCCAUAUUGUCAAAUAGACUCCGAGUCGCAAAUCAAGAAGAAGCCGAGGUCAAACUGCAAGCUCAAGAUGAUUUGAUGACCGCCUUGACCAAUCUGUUUGCAUUGACUUCCGAAUCUACAGAAUCAUCAACGGAGAUCUACACUGCCACUUCCAUCUUCCGCAGCAUCCUUCAUUUCUUAGCCGGGGAUGUGGCGCGAUUCCGGGCCCAACCAGACGAGCACAAUCAACUACUGAAAAUGGUUUGCGAUCAGGUCCCUUCAGAGCGGACGAUGGGUCGUCAGCUGGCCAGGUAUUUUGAGGUUCUAGUGAGCUCGAAAGGGUGUCUAAAGAAGGAAAACCAUGCCAUUCAGAAAAUGCUAAGUGGCGAGUGGCUGUAUUUCAGAGCUGUCCAACCCUACUUUGAGGAGUGCUUUCCCAAUUCGAAAGUUACGGAGAGCCAGGCCACUAAUCGUGCUGUGGCCAUCUUUGCGAUCUUGAAGCACUUGAAAGGUCCGCAGUACUUCAGUGGUAUCGAGCAGAUCGUGCGGGUCGGCAUCCGCUCGCUGUCGACUUUUGAGAUAGGAGCAGAGAUGGAGUCUUGCCUGGCUGUGCUCUUGCACAUCCUCGAAGAGAAGCCAGGUGUACUGCAAGAGCACCUUGCGGGACUAAUCUCGGGUAUGAUCAAAGUUUACGAGACGGCUAGAAAGACGCCCAAGGCUACGGGAGCCACGGCGGGAUACGAGAGCGAAGGCAAAGCACGUGUGCUGUGCCGGAAGUACGCGUUGGAGUUCUUCCAGAAGCUGCCGUCUUCGUACGAGACGCAGUACAUCGUGCUGCAUCGCAAAAAGCUGCUACGCCCCCUAUCGGCAGCCUGUGGUGACCCAGUCAGAGCGAUCCGACGAACAGCGUUGCUAGCUAGGAAGGCCUGGGAUACGCUUGCCUGAGUGGUAGUUUAACUAUCA